AUGAUCAUCUACAAGGAUCUCAUCACCGACGACGAAAUCUUCUCCGAUGCCUACGAUUUUAAGGUUGUCGACGACAUCGCUUAUGAGGUUGACUGCAAGAUGAUUACUAUAAAGCAGGGCGCUGAUGUCGAUAUUGGUGCCAACGCUUCUGCCGAAGAAGCUGAAGAGUCUGUCGAGGAUGGUAUGAUCACGGUCAACAACGUUGUUUAUUCGUUCAGGCUGCAAUCUACCUCCUUUGAUAAGAAGAGUUAUCUGACAUACCUUAAAGGAUAUAUGAAGACAGUCAAGGCGAAGCUUGCAGAGACCAAUCCAGGACGAGUUGAGGCCUUCGAGAAGGGAGCUCAAGCGUUUGCCAAGAAGAUUGUGGGUGGUUUCAAAGAUUACGAGUUUUACGUCGGUGAAAGCAUGAACCCGGAUGGCGCCGUUCUUCUUUUGAACUACCGUGAGGAUGGGGUUACGCCUUACUUCACAGUCUGGAAAGAUGGUUUGUCGGAAAUGAAGGUUUAG